AUGUAGUGCAGCCAUUUUGGCUUCUUGCUGGGAAUUCCUGCUGUGCGCUGUUCGUUGGCAUAUCCAUAUCCAAACAGGAGGCACACGCCGCAACCAACCAACCAACCAACCACCGAAGAUGGAUCUUCGUCGAACGCCAGCGGAGGAGAAGCUCCGGGUGUGCAAGCUCUACUUCUACGUCGGAUUUGCUUUCUUGCCCUGGCUUUGGCUUGUGAAUGCAGUAUGGUUCGCACGCGAGUCUCGCCAGAUGCCAGAGCUGAGAAAAUACGUCAUCUGGUCGGCUGUUGGAGCGGUCAUUUACUUUGCGGCCCUCAUCGCGUGGGCCGUCAUAUUCCAGGACAAGCGGAGUGAAUGGGGCGCGUUUGGCGAUAGGCUGUCUGUGGUCAUUCCCAAAGGCAGGGCAUGAAACGCGUGCAGGGAAACAGCCACACACGCACGUGCACUUUGUCAUGAGUCUGACGUCAACAACAUACGCCCAAUCCCUCACGAGAGAUACAGACAGAGGUACUUCCCACCCUUUCAUGCUUCACGCUCCCGAUUCACCUCAUUUCCCAACCUCCCCUGUUACCUCCCCUCGCUUGCCCUGCUUGCUUGCCCUUCUCUUGCUUGUAUACAUAACGCGCAACACGGAAAUUCCUUGCCGCACAUGUGCACACCCGUCACGCACCGUUGGUCGACGGUGGGUGGUGUUGAGUAAACGCCAACAGGCAUCACAUAAAGUCCUCAGCC